AUGAAUGUGAGCCGACCGGCUAAGAGGGCGACAAAUAACGCGGCCGAACUCGAGUCUGUCAUCAUUUCUGUUCGACAGGGUGAACAAGAGGCUAUUUUGGACGAUCUACUUGUGCUAAGUGACUCGGAAUAUACGGUGAAUUGCGUGAACAGAGGUAUCCGAGAGUGGAAAUCGAAUGACUGGACUUUGAGAUCUGGAGCUAGAGCUAAGAAUGUUGAUUUACUGAAAGAACUGGAUCAUUUGAGGAGGCUGAAUAAGAAUUGGAGACUUAGAUAUGUCCCCGCACAUCAGGAUGUAUUUGGCAAUGAAAUGGCCGAUUACUUGGCUAACGAGGGUGCGAAAAGGUUCAUUGUGGCUCAUUGGUAA